AUGGCUGAAUUUGAGCAUCCAGUUCGAUCUGGGUUUUCAACCUCUAAACCUGGUGGCAUUUACGACCCUUACCAUCAUCCAUAUUGGGCCCACAGCCAGGUUCAGUACGCGCAGAAUCUUCUCGAGUACUCAGAAGAACCUAUCGAAUACGACUACGACGAUAGGGAUUACUGGGAUAAUUCUUUCUUCUUCCCCGAAGACUGUUCUUGGCCCCCUUCCAAGGGCUGGGAGAUAGACGACGAUCAUUCAGAAGAGGAUACCACCAUUGGAGACGACGACACCAUGAUUCCCGGUCUUCCCGAUAUCAAAAUGCUGGAUGCAGAGGCCCUCAGCGACCUCCUAGAGGACAACCUUUCCCCACCGGAAAUCACCUCCAUCCUAGUGUUUGCUACCAAUGGGGCCAUCUUCGCCUAUGCCUCCUCUCUCCCCUCCCGACAACUACGUAACCUGAGCGCUACCUAUGGAGCCGCAUAUACAUGCUACGCAAAGAACGCCUCCAGUGGUAAUCUCACCGGUGUAAACCCAGCCAGUCACCCGUCAUCAUAUGUCACAGCCCAGUCUGUAUCCCUGGGCGGUGUAGGUUCAAUUGUUUUUGAGCUUGAUGACCUGGUUGCAGUCGUGACCAGGAUUGCGGACAAGGUCCUUCUUGCUGCCGUCGGGCCGUCUAAAUCAGGGGACGUAGCAAAUGCCAACCCCGACGAUUCGUCAGCAAAUGUCGACGAUCCGGCACUUGCAGAACCCACUAGCGCCAACGGCACGUCUGCCACACCUACCAAUGGUACUACCCCGAACAGCGCCGCCUCCCGCAACCAUCACUUCGAUAACAUCGCAGACGCUCUACUCGAAUCGCAAUACGAAGUUGAUCGCUCCCGCGACCUUGCGCGCCUCUCCAGCCUCAACCUCUCCGCCUCCCCCUCCAUUCUUCUCGCGUUGGAGUCCAAAUCCGCAGCUUUGGGGAGAUUCCUCAGCCAGAAACUCGAGGAUCUCGAGAGCCCUGAAGACUUCUAA